AGACAAUGCCUCACCCCCUCGCCAUCCUCUCUGAAGAGGAGACCAACAUCGCACGCGAGGUCGUCCUCGCCGCCCAUCCAAGCACAGUCAUCGACUUCCGGGAGAUCUAUCUCUGGGAACCGCCGAAAGACCAGCUGCAGGAGUUCCUAGCCCUCGAGCAUGCAGGCCGCUUGAGUCCGACGACGCCCCGUCCACCACGUCAAGCCUUGUGCCAGUAUGAUGUCAUUGGGGGGGACCGCAUCCCGUCGUAUGAGGAGUCGGUCGUUGAUGUUGGGUCGCGUCGGCGGACGCACCAUGAGGUGGUGGCGAAGCAGCAUCAUGCUGCGCUGACAUUAAAUGAGUUCGACGUCCUAGUCGAAAAAUGUUUCGCCUCUCCUCUCUUCCAACAAGCCCUAUCCGACUUCGACCUCCCCGCCGGUUUCGAAGUCGUCAUCGAACCCUGGCCUUAUGGAGGCCGCGACCACGCUGACCCCAACCGCCGCUUCUUCCAAGGGCUGUGCUUCGCCCGCGACACCACCAAGAACAACCCCGAUGCCAACUUCUAUUCUUUUCCGCUGCCCGUCAUCCCCGUCAUAGACGCGUUGACCUCGGAGAUUAUCCGCGUCGACCGUCCCGCGACAGGAGGCAAAGGCGAGGCGCUCGAUGCGCAGACGUUCUCCCGCGACAUCAUCGGCCACUGCAAGUCCUCAGACUACGUGCCGGAGCUCCUCCCGCAGGGCACGCGCAAGGACCUCAAACCGCUCAACGUAGUCCAGCCCGAUGGCCCAUCCUUUCGCGUCACAGACGAGUCCCUCGUCGAAUGGCAGAAGUGGCGCUUCCGCGUCGCUUUCAACCCCCGCGAGGGCGCCACCAUCCACGAUGUAUGGUACGACGGGCGCAGCGUCAUGUACCGCCUCGCGAUCAGCGAGAUGACCGUCCCCUACGCGGACCCCCGGCCUCCCUUCCACCGCAAACAGGCGUUUGACUUCGGCGACGGCGGCGGCGGCAACAUGGCCAACAACCUCUCCAUCGGUUGCGACUGUCUCGGCGUAAUCAAGUACUUUGAUGCCAUGGCGACUGGACCUGACGGUCGACCCCAGAAACUCCCUAACGCCAUCUGCCUGCACGAGCAGGACGGCGGUAUCGGGUGGAAACACUCGAACUGGCGGACUGGCCGCGCGGUCGUCACACGCAACCGCGAGCUCGUCGUGCAGUUCAUCAUCACACUAGCUAACUACGAGUAUGUCUUCGCGUACAAGUUCGACCAAGCAGGCGGCAUCACCGUCGAAGCGCGCGCAACUGGCAUCCUCAAUGUAGUCAACAUCGACGCCAAUAAAACCUCAGACUACGGCACCGUGGUGUCAGGCGGCGUGCUCGCGCAAAACCACCAACAUCUCUUCUGCGUGCGCAUGGAUCCCGCCAUCGACGGCGCGCGCAACUCUGUCCACAUAGAAGAGUCGCACCCUGUACCCCUCAACCCCGCCACGAACCCCCACGGAAACCUCUACCGUGUGCAGUCGACGCCUGUCCCCCGAGCCGCCGCCCUCGACGCAGCGCCGCACCUCAACCGCGUCGUCAAGAUGAUCAACCCCCACAAGCGCAACCCUAUCUCCCAGAAUCCUGUCGCCUACAAGUUCACCCCUCUGGCUACGCAGACGCUGCUCGCUGAUCCGCGGUCCAUCCAGGCCCAGCGUGCGCAGUUCGCUCAGCACCACGUGUGGGUUACCGGGUACCGCGACCAUGAAUUCUACGCGGGUGGGCGGUACACGCUGCAGAGCCAGGUGGAGGCUGACGGCGUGGCGGACGCUGUCAAGCGCGGUGAUGUCGUCGAGGAUGCCGAUGUUGUAGUGUGGAGCUGUUUCGGGAUUACCCAUAAUCCACGAGUGGAAGAUUGGCCUGUGAUGCCCGUUGAAACCUUCCAGCUCUCCAUCCGCCCAUCGGACUUCUUCACGGAGAACCCCGCAUUGGACGUCCCGUCGGAUCGAAACGGAUCGUCGGUGGUAGUGGGUGGAGGUGGGGGAGGCAGUUGCUGCAAGCCGGCACAUCUCUAG